AAAAAGCCUGAAAGAAAUAGAGAUAAAAAAGUAACAGUAUCUGAAGUUUUUAAUAUUUACUAUAAUGUUCCAAAAGUAUCAGAUAAUAUCAAUGAAAAGAAAGAUCUAAAACAAGAGCAAGAUAUUGAAUUAGAUGCUAAAAUAGAUUUAAAAAAAUUAAUUAAUAGUUACCUGAAAACUCUAAAAACCUAG